CAGCCAUUCCUUGAGCCAGCAGAAGUAGAGGAGGCCACUCAGAAGCUGCUCACAGAGGACGUGCUGCUCAGAUAUGGGCCAAGCUGCAACGCAGCCAAGCAUCAACUGGCACCUGAAAGAAAAUGCAAGAGAACACCACACAAGUAAAUUUUCUGGUGAUGAACUGGUUGUGAGGAGAGGACAGGCCUUCACUGUCACCUUCAAUGGAACAGAACAGCCUGAGCAAAACUUAAUAUUCAUUGCAGAAACAGGUCCAAAACCCUCAAAGGCAACUAAGACUCUAGCCACGUUUGGGAUCUCCAGCACAGCAAGCACAGAGGGCUGGAGUGCAGUUCUACAGUCCAGCAGUUCCAACUCUCUGAGCAUCUCCAUUUCCAGCCCCCAUAACGCUGUCAUUGGACGUUACAGGCUGAGUGUUCAAAGUACUGCAAGUGGCAGCCCCUCAACAGCGAGACUUGGCACUUUUGUUCUGCUUUUUAACCCCUGGUCUUCAGGUGACGAUGUGUUCCUGCCUAGCCAGGCUGAGUGUGAGGAAUACGUGCUAGAAGAAUUUGGCAUCAUUUUUGCAGGCAAUAAAGAUCACAUCAGCGGCUUUGGAUGGAACUUUGGGCAGUUUCAAGGGGAUAUCCUCGACAUUUGCCUUUCCAUAAUGGAUCGAAGCUUGUACUACCGUCAGGACCCUGUCACUGAUGUGUCUCACCGACAUGACCCCAGAUAUCUGGGCCGUGUCCUCAGUGCAAUGGUCAACGCCAAUGAUGACCAAGGGGUGGUGCUGGGAAACUGGAGUGGAACUUACGAGGGUGGGAAAAAUCCCACCAGCUGGACUGGAAGUGGUGAAAUCCUGCAAAGCUGGAAGAAAUCAGGAUUCAAACCUGUUAGAUACGGACAGUGUUGGGUUUUUGCAGCAGUACUGACCACAGUGCUCAGGUGUCUGGGGAUUCCCACUCGGACAAUCACAAACUUCAGCUCUGCCCACGAUGCAGAUGGAAACCUGCGUGUGGAUGAGUUUUAUGAUGCAGAGGGAAAUCAUUUGGAGAGGGGAGCUGACAGCAUAUGGAAUUUCCACGUCUGGAAUGAAAGCUGGUUUACACGCAAUGACUUGGGCCCCUCAUACAGUGGAUGGCAAAUUCUGGAUGCAACUCCCCAAGAAGAAAGUGGAGGAAUUUAUCAGUGUGGUCCUGCCUCACGGAACGCCGUCAAAGAAGGAGAAGUAGACCUGGACUAUGACUGCCCAUUCGUGUUUGCAGAAGUGAAUGCAGACUGCAUGUACUGGAAUUAUGACUCAGCAACUGGAAAGAAAACAUUAAUAUUGUCUAAGUCCACUGAAAUUGGUGCAUCCAUCAGCACGAAGGCAGUCGGUAGGGAUGACCGUGUAGAUGUCACCAGGGAUUAUAAAUAUGAGGAAGGCUCUACAAAAGAAAGAGAUAUUUUUAAAAAAGCCCGUAAGAAGCUGGGACUGGAGGAUAAAUUUGAUCCUACAGCACCAACACCGGAGGAGAUCGAGCAGAAGCCUGACAUCUCAGGGAAAUUCAAGGUGGCUGGCUCUCUGGAAGUUGGCAAAGAUCUCAACCUGCUUCUGGUUCUUGCAAAUUUACAGCCUUAUCCUAAGACUGUUGAUGUAAAAAUGACUGCCUGGAGCACUCUGUACACCAGAAGACCAGUUCGUGAGAUCUGGAAGGACUCCAUUUCUGUCACUCUGUCUCCUAAGGAAGAAAAACAAUUUCCCAUUAGGAUAAAAUACAAUGAAUACCAGCAGCAGUUAACUACAGACAAAACAAUCCAGGUCACAGCCAUAUGUCAUGUAGAAGAUGGGAUUCAAGUGCUCGUGCAAAGAAACAUCGCCCUGGACAACCCUGCCAUCAAUGUACAGGUGCUGGGUGAAGCAAAAGUGAAUAAAGAAGUGGAUGUGGAAGUGGUAUUUACCAAUCCUAUUGAUACAGAGGUGAUGGACUGUGUGCUGCAGGUCGAAGGCAGUGACCUGCUCACAGGAAUCCUUGAGUUACGCAUACCACCACUGAAAGCCAGCGAGAAAUCCAGCACCAAGUUUAAACUCCUCCCUUCUGAGGCGGGUCCCAAACAUCUACUUGUUAAUUUCUCCUGUGACAAAUUCAGAGAUAUCAAGACCUUUAAGAUGGUAAAUGUGACUAAUUAAUGUGAAGAUAUUCAAAGAAUGGUCUGUGUGUGUAUAAAUUGAACAAAACGUGAUAAGAAAUCUUGGAUAGAUAACAAUGAGAUAAUCAGCAAAACAGAUUCUCACUCCCUGUGAUAAGGGGGUUGCCAAGAUCAUAUCAUUGCAAUUUUACACUGUAAUUUCAAAUAAA